AUGUUAACGGGCGUUGAAGUAGCAGGUUUAGUUUUCGGAGCCAUUGGCCUGAUUCCCAUCUUCAAGGAAGCGUACAAACUCGCGCGAGUACGCCGACAGGGCUCUGGAACGUCCGAUACGACCACAGUAGCCAACGAGAUCCGAAAUAGCGAAUCGUCUGUAACAAGAAUCGCCUGCGACCGUCUCAAAGACCUGAUUAUUCAACUCCAACACGGACUUCUGAUCGAGCUUCAACGAGGUGGACGUAUUUAUAACCCGGCUAGCCUUGUUACGAUCAUUGUCACUGGUCGAAGCGAUGCUUUCACAGCGCUUUCUGUGCUUGCUCAGAGACUGGCUACGGCGAUGCCGAUAGAUAAUCUUCUUGGAAGUACCGGCGCUGCGCGGUAUCCAUAUAAACGGAAUAAUCUCUCCACAGUGGACUCUUUCUGA